CUGAGUGUGGAGCUUGUUUUGUUUGUUUGUUUGUUUGUUUGUACCAUGUCUCUGAGUAACAGCUCCAACUCCACUAACUCCUCCCAGUUUGCCCACCGGUUCGUGCAGGCUCCGUGGCGUGUGGCUCUGUGGGCGAUGGCGUACGUGGCCGUGAUGCUGGUGGCGCUGACCGGAAACGCGCUGACCGCCUGGGUCAUCCUCGCGCACCGCCGCAUGCGCACCGUCACCAACUACUUCCUGCUGAACCUGGCGGUGGCAGACGCCAGCAUGGCGGCUUUAAACACGCCCGUUAACUUCAUUUACGCGGCCAGAGGAGAGUGGUACUUCGGCCUGGGCUACUGCAGGUUCCACAACUUCUACCCUGUAGCUGCUCUGUUCGCCAGCAUCUACACCAUGACCGCCAUCGCAGUGGACAGGUACAUGGCCAUCAUCCACCCGCUGAAGCCUCGUUUCUCAGCCACAGUGACCAAGGUGGUGAUCGUGUGUGUGUGGGGGGCGGCGGUGGUGCUGGCGUUUCCGCUCUGUUUCUACUCAAACACCAGAAACGUUCCACACCGGACGCUGUGUUACGUAGCCUGGCCGCGCCGCGCCGACGAUGCCUUCAUGUACCACAUCAUCGUCGCAGUGUUGAUGUAUCUGCUGCCCCUAGUGGUGAUGGCAAUCACCUACAGUAAAGUGGGGGUCACCCUGUGGGGCAGCAGCGUGCCGGGAUAUUCCUCAGAGAACUAUCUGGAGCAGCUACAGGCCAAACGCAAGGUGGUGAAGAUGAUGGUGGUGGUCGUAGUGACCUUUGCCGUGUGCUGGCUGCCCUACCACGUGUACUUCAUCGUAACGGGGUUGAAUAGACAGCUCAGCAAGUGGAAGUCCAUCCAGCAGGUCUACCUGGCGGUUGUGUGGCUCGCCAUGAGCUCCACCAUGUACAACCCCAUCAUCUACUGCUGCCUCAACAGCAGGUUCCGUGCGGGCUUUAAGCGAGCGUUCCGCUGGUGCCCCUUCAUCCACAUGUCACAAUCUGAUGAGAUGGAGCUGAGGAUCACCCGUUUCCACCCGACCCGUCAGAGCAGCAUGUUCACCCUGACCCGGCUGGAGUCCAGCACUGACCCCCUCACACAGUCCUCGCGCCGCAAGAGCUCGUCCACCAGCCGCCACAGCAGCCUCUGCGGUCAAACGCGGCCAAACGCGGCGCGACUGUCCCUCAACAGCUUUCACAAUGGCACUGCGGUGCACAGCGCAGCCAACUAACCGGCCAGAACACACAACACCGUCCAUCUGUUAACGCAAAGCUUGUGUUGGCCGUCUCGACAUCUGCAGUCAGUUUCUGACCUGCUUUGUGUGACCAGCUACUUAAGCCCCUAAACCCCAAUAGCCCCGCUGUGUCUGAUACACUCAUACCAGCACACACACUACCACCUCAGAGUCCCCUCUGAGAGUGGAACACCACCCAAAUAAUAUCUGGACAACAGCAGCACUGUGGCCAGAAACUGACCAAUGAUGACAGAGGUGGGGGGGGGGCUGAUAAACUGUGC